GCACUUACCGCGCCGUACCACGCAGUGCAGUCAGGGUUCAUUUUGGUUUGUUUACAGUCGGUAAUGGAACAAGAAGGUUGUGCGGUGUUUGAGCUGGUCAUUUUGUAUAGCGUUUUGUCACGAGCUCGUGGUAGUUCUGCGGGGAAGUGAAGACUCCUUGCGGCCCUCACCGGACCGUGGAGUUGGAGGAGCCACUAUCAAUUGCCAGCUGCAUUGUGCAGCAUCGGCAGUGAUGGCAGCGGUGAAUGCUUACCAGGUCCUUUGGUACGCCAGGGAGGAUAACCUAAAGGCUCUAAAAGCCGAGAUACUUGAAGGCGGUGUUUUCAAAGAAGAAGUCAAACUUCACAAGGAUGGCAAUGAUAAUCCAUUGUUGGCAAAGUUACUGAAGGAUGCCUGCAGCCACAAAGCUACUUCUGUUGUUAAGUUCUUGGCAAGCACUGUUGACAAGCACAUGCUGAACCAUCAAGGGUAUUACAGUUUGCCUCUCUCUACGGUAUCAACUGAACCAUUCUACGGUAGUGCUCUUCAUGCAGCUGUUAGUCGAGGCUCCGUGGAGUGUUUACGGUAUUUGCUCGAUGCCGGUGCGCACACAAACGUAACUGAUCUUGAUAGACGAACACCACUUCACGAUGCCACUAUGAAGAACCAGGCCGACUGCGUUCUUCAUCUACUGCAAGCUGGAGCUAACCCAGAUAAAAGAGAUGAGCGGAGAAAGACACCUCUUCACUAUGCCAGUGAGAGGCGGGUUCAUGACAACUGCUGGCGACAUCUCCUGGACAGCAAAGCCAAUCCAAACCUACUUGACGAGGAUCAACGGACACCACUUCACUAUGCCGCUAUUUACAACAAGGCCGACUGCGUUCUUCGUCUACUGCAAGCUGGAGCUAACCCAGAUCAAGGAGAUAAGGAUAAACUGACACCACUUCACGAUGCCACUAUCGAGAACCAGGUCGACUGUGUUCUUCAUCUACUGCAAGCCGGAGCUAACCCAGAUGAAAGAGAUAAGCGGGGAAAGACACCUCUUCACUAUGCCAGUGAGAGGCGGGUUCAUGUCGACUGCUGGCGACAUCUACUGGACAAUAAAGCCAAUCCAAACCUACUUGACGAGGAUAAACGGACACCACUUCACUAUGCCACUAUCGAGAACCAGGUCGACUGUGUUCUUCAUCUACUGCAAGCCGGAGCUAACCCAGAUGAAAGAGAUAAGCGGGGAAAGACACCUCUUCACUAUGCCAGUGAGAGGCGGGUUCAUGUCGACUGCUGGCGACAUCUACUGGACAAUAAAGCCAAUCCAAACCUACUUGACGAGGAUAAACGGACACCACUUCACUAUGCCGCUAUUACCAGCGAGGCCGACUGCGUUCUUCUUCUACUGCAAGCUGGAGCUAACCCAGAUCAAGGAGAUAAGAAUGGCGACACUCCAUUGGACAUUGCGGCAAAGAAGGAUACACUGCAUCUUGUGAAGUGUCUAGUCCCCUACAUACUGCGUGAGAAAACAAAGCAUCAGUGUCUGUCACUAUUUGUACAAGCUUGGGAAAAGUCUGCUGACACUUGCAUACCGGCAAUACAGGACGGCAUCUUGGAUUGCAUAGUUGGUGUGCACAUUAGUCAAGAAGACAUGGAUGCUUGGACUGAGUUGCUCAGGAGACUAUCUAAACAACGUUUAUUGGCGCUCACCCAGGAAGCCAUAACCACUCGGAAACAACUACCUCCACUGCUUCUGAAAGUUUCACUGAACAGAAUCCGCCGGAAAGCUAACCAGCAAUCUCCACUGGUUGUUCGACUUCUGGGUCACCCUGGCGGAGGAAAGUCAUCCCUUCUGGAAUCGAUUCUUCACCGUCGCCGAUUCUUUGGCAAAGUCAAGAAUUUCUUCCGCGGUGACCAAUCCGACAAGAUACCGGCCUCCAGGACACGAGGUAUGCGACGUUACGUGGAUGCCUACGGUACGAUAUACCUCGACCUUGGAGGUCAGUAUCGAUUCAUGUCACAACAUCAGCGACUGACGAAAUUCUCCGACGUCUGGGCUCUCAAUCUGCUCACAGUGUCGGGCAUGGAGUCCAUCGUGAACAUGAGACGCUGGAUCCGCACCUGGGCAGAUUUCAUCGCCUGCAGCUGCGCAGAGAGCACAUCCACUCGCAACAAAGCUCUUAUUGUUGUGACACGCCGGGACCAACUCUCCAAGGAGCAAAUGACCGCCAUUGAGAAAGAGUGUGCAACGCUGCAGAAAAUCUUAGGCGUACAUCUGGAAUUCCUGGAUGAGCCGAUCCCAUUCGUCAAUGCCAUCAAUGAGACGUGUGAAGGUGUGGCUGCAUUGAGAGAAUUGAUCCAACGACACAAGGAAAAGGUGCAACAAGCAUCUGGACCUGAUUCGGAGGUUGUUGCGUCCAUUUCGGAGGCACACCUGGAGAAUGUUCGUGAUCAAUGCAGAGACAGUCCUGCUAUCAGCACCGACCAGUUUAUGGAAUUCCUGGCUGGAGCAAUUGCUCGCUUUGAUUACAACUGCGGUGACUCUUCAAUACUAGUUGAAGCGCUGAAGGAAGUCCUGGAUGUCAACAUGGAGCUGUUCAACCUCCAUCAGAAAGCGCUGGUAUUCUAUUUUCCGGAUGCCAAGCUGGUGGUCGUUCAACCUCUAUGGUUGAUGAGUGACAUCACAGGAAAAUUCUAUUCGCCAAAGUCAUUUCCUCCACCGAUAAUUACCUGUGAUGAGUUUGGAUUCGCUUCGCACAGCCAUGUCAUUGAAGUACUGGCCAAAGAUUCGCCGGUGCGUGGUGAAGACGCUCUCGACAUAGCCGUACGCCUAGGUAUGUGUCAUGUAACCGAGGAUGGUGAGCAAGUCAUGAUUCUUCCUGCACAGGCUGAAUCACGCACUAGUCUGCACUGGGAGAAAGCCAACCCCGACCAGCACAUCUACUACACUGGUCGCCGUCUCUACUGUAAGUCUGGUGUCGCUAUCAGCGCAGCGUUGAUGCCCACCAUACAAAUGUCACUCGUCAACUCCUUCACCAACAGGACACGCACGUUUCCUGUCUGGCAGGGAGGUGUUCGUGUUUCGCUACCUCAGUACGUGAACACGGACACACUGGUGGAGAUCCCACACGGUCAACUCGCGCUCAACAUCAUAACCAGAGGGCCCGACCAGCGUAGCGUGACUUCUCAGCAGGAAACUAUCUGGGAUCACAUCUCUGCUCUUCCUCGCCAACAAUCUCCUGGUUCUGACAUGUCAACGGCGUUCGUCGAUGAUGAGUGCCUGCCGAGUAGCGAUCUUCUGCGACAGCGGGAUCAGCAAGGAGACCUGGAUGCUACCAUGGAGUUCCUUUCCAGUGAGCGACUGCGUGCUCAGUUUGUCAUGCCUGAUGAGCGGGUGCCCGACGCAAGAAAAUAUCAUCCGUAUGCUGUGUCUGCAAGCUGCUGUAAUGCAGAUACGGUCGAGGAACGUCGCAGAGCUGCUCGUCUCUGCUCAGCCUUCUAUCAGCAUCGCAUUCUUCUACGCCCCGACUUUCCAUUGCACGACUGUCUUCUCAAACUGAUAGAAUGUGGACAGGUGAAUAUAUCCUUCUUGGACGACGUGGACGAAUGUCUGAGGAACUGCCAGACCAAGAUGGCUACUGAUCUGUUUCGUGGGUCGAUUUCCGACUUGCCUGACAGUGUGGUGCUAACCCUAGUGGAUGAAAUCCUUCCCAAGAUAGCCAGUGCCAACGAUCUGUAUCAGGCAAUGCUGGAAUGUCCAGGUCGGGUCCUCUGUACUGUCUGCCCUAGUGAUAGCCACUCCAUGACUGCUGCUUCUGAUGACGUCGCCAGACCAGCAACUGAGGAGUACAAUCCCUGGGUCCAUCCAGAUUUCUGCCUGGACAAGUACCGAAGAUGGAUAAUCUCACUGAACUCCAGAGCGUUCCGCGACAAAGCCAUAGCACGGAUGCUUCUUGCAGACAACCUGGAUAUCAGGCACUUCAUUGAGCUAGAGAGACGUGAGGGCUCAAAUGUACACAAUGAGGAACUGCUGCAGCACCUGCAGGGGUCUGGGCGUGCAUCGUUCAUCAUCUUCUUGGACAUCAUCACAGACAUGAACUCGCUCUUCGCAUUCAAGCGUACUGAGUUUGAGGCUCUCCUUGAUCGGCCAUGAUGCCUCUGUUGUCAUGACUACCCAGGCGAUGUUUCUCUGGGAUCUUUCGCUACUGCUGACUUCCAGUUGUCCAUUAGACGUGUAUCGAUCGUCUCCACUUGGACUUACCCUGUGAAGUAUAGGUCGAGGAUGGAUUGAUGAUAAGCUGAUGUAUUAUGAUUUUCUGCAUGUGGUUUAUAGCCGCGUUUCAACAGACGUUUCUCCAGCUCGUUCUCUUGAAAUGGUUUCACUGUCCUUAAUCUCUUCCUGAUGAGGAAGUAUUUCCGGCAAAAUGUAUUCUGUUUUCUCUGGCAAGUGCCACAGUUGUGCAUUGCUGUUCACUGUCCACCAGUUCAUGAUGAUGAUGAUGAUGAUGAUGUUAUGUCCAUAGUGAUGAUGUCAUGCACUAAUCCAUGCUUUCAUGCCCAUAGUGAUGAUGUAAUGCCCCAUAGUGAUGAUGUCAUGCCCACAUCGUUGAGCAAUGUACACUCCUUAUCUAUUUUACUCUAUUCAAAUCCCAAUUGCAGCUCUACAUUUUGUAUUCACUCACUCUUGUCUUGUAUUACCAGCUCAGUCCAGUGGACAGUGAGCACUCUGAACAGCCUGAUGAUGCACUCAUGCACUCAUGCACAUAGACAUUUGUACUUAUACCUAUGUAUGUUUUCUUGGUGAGGACCGCUUCCAUUGUGUACUUAUACCUAUGUAUGUUCUUGGUGAGGACCGCUUCCAUUGUGUACUUAUACCUAUGUAUUUAGCACAUAGACACCUGUACUUCCACUCAUGUAUUUUGCAUACCUAGUGUUUCAUCCCUCCGCCCUUCUGUUGAUUCCCUACUAUCCCCCUUGGCCGCUGAUGAGCCCUGGGAUUGAUAUUCUACCGGUAUGUCGCUGACAGUUGAUUUUAUAUUAUUGGCCGAGUGAAUUCAGGAGAGCCAGUCUGUAUCUUCUGUUAGCUCUGUUAAAUAGUCAUUGCCUUUACCACA